AUGUUCGAUCGCAUCCUCGUGCUCCUAACCACCACCCUCCUCUUCUCCGCCCUCUUCCUCGGCUACGCCGUCCAGCUCGUCGGUGCCGUGCCCGCGCCGUCCCCGGGGUUGUCUGGGAGGAGCUUGAAUAAGAGGACGGCAGCAGAGCGCGAACUCGAGGCGCGCGCCAUCGCCGAUUUAACUAACGCACGUCGCCUGGCGGAAGGCUUGCCUCUCGCACCGCCUGUUAGGAGGGGGACUAGGACGAGUAAGUCGUUUGUUAUUCGUGAUUAUGCACGCCAGAACGGGCGCGGUGGAGUGCCUUCACCCGUCCCGAUUGUUAACCCGGAACGCAGACGUCGCCCGGAGGCUUAG